GUCUGCACUGUAAGUGCCUAGUCAACACAAGUCAUUCAUUGACAAGGAUAGUUUACACAAACAAAACACAUGAUUUUAAAAGAUAAUGCCAUGCAUAUGCACAUUAUUUGAUUUAAUAUCUAUUUAGUAAAAAAAAAUGGCAUCUUUUGACAAAGCAUUUUCUGCAAUCAACAUGGAUGAAAGUGGAAUUGAAGCUCAAGAUCUUGUGAGUUUGCUCUGCAGGUUUGAAGAAGCGACCAGACCAGCAGAUGACUUGAGCAUCUCAUCAGACAAGCACUUUAUUAAAAAACAGAAAAUGAUGUUAAAAGCAAGAAGUGCUGGAAACAGUCCUGCCAUCACACCACCAGCUACUCCUCCACCAAAUAUUACCAUCAAGAAAGUGCCACACCCAAAAAGCUUUCUUUCUGGUGUAGACAAUUUCAAAUCAGCAGCAUCUAAUGUUGUGUUUCCUUCAGUGAAUAAUGUGGAGCUGAGCGCCUCACUUUUAGGAAAAGGCAAAAAAACCUUCAAGAUAUUAAAGCUACCCACUCCAGGAGCGUCAUCGGCCAGGACACAGCCAUGUAUUCAGGUUAUUCUUCAAAAUAAAACAAUCCAGUCGUUACAGAAGAGUUCAGUGGUUAUCAAGCCUGAACCUUUAGAUUGUGUCCAGGCAGUAGCUUCACCUCCUCAGUUCAAAACACUUGCUGGUCCACUGCCUGCGUCUCAGUCAAUCAGUAUAGUUUCUCAGCCAGCCAACACAACUUCUCAGGUAGUCAGCGUAACUUCUCAGCCUGUGAGCACACCACACAUAACAUCUACUAACAAACAAGUUAUACCAACAACUGGUAAUUCACUUUUUGUGCCAGUAGUAAACAUUGCUGUUACCACCCCAGUGAUACAAAACAAUGCUCAGAAUCCUCUCCCAUUGAAUAUCUCUAUAAUCAAACCAGAAAUAUCGCCCACAUGUGUUAAGCCAUCACCAGCUCCUGUUGUCAGCUCAGAGAGCUCUGAUCAUGACUAUUGUUUCUUUAAAACUCAUUGGAAAGACUCUGCAAACAUUUCAAUGCUCAAAACUAAGCAAGAUAUAAAACCUUUGAAAAUAGGCACAAAACUGACAGAAGAGGCCUCUGUUCCCCUAGAGGAAACAACCCUCCCCCAGGAUGAUGUGCCCACUGUAGAGGAAGUGGUUGUAGAGGAAAGUGAGAUUUUUAUAGAUGCCAAUGGCAAUGAUGCUUUUCCAGUGAAUGUGCCACAGACAGAAGAGGGAAGUGCAACAGUGAAAUUUAAUUCCUCUUCCAGGGGAUCUACUAGAAAGCAUAGUAGGAGAUACCGCCAUCAUGCAGAAACUAAUAACAAUAAACAGAGAGAAUUGAGUACUAGCCCUAUCAGAGAAGAUAGCGGAAACUUUUAUGAUAAAAUUCCAUCCUUCUACACUGCUCUUUCAAUACCAACUAAACCAACCAAAACCAGUAUAUUUGCCAGUGCCACUAGCGCCAUUGGCAGCACAGAUCAUUUGGACUUGCUAGAUAAGGGUGAGGAUACAAAUGAAAGUCACUACGACAAAGUGCCUGCCCACAGACGCUGUUUUACUAACACUACCAAGGAUAUAGAAAGGAUCCCGGAACUUCUGCUGGAUGAAAAUAUUCAGUUUGACUUGGAGUCAGAUAACUCUCUCUCUGAGCCGUGUAAUGCUGCUCUACGCUCCCCUUACCACAGAUCCCGGUCAGUGUCAAGACACUCCUCCAGAGCUUCCUGUCGUUCUGGCUCGUCAUCUUCCAACUGCUCCACCUGUUCAACGUGCAGUAGCUUAUCUUACUGUUCCACAUGUUCAUCAAGGUCCAGGUCUGUCAGUGCAUGUAGUAGUAGAAGCACUUCUUCACGUUACAGCAGAUCCAGGUCACCAUCCCCACAACGUCGUCGUGAUAGAAGGUUUAGAAGCAAAAGAACUAGAAGUCGCUUUACACCUUCAAGGUCUAGAUCCAGGUCUCGCAGUCGCUAUGAUAGAGAACGAUCCAGGUCAAGAACUGGCCAUCAUAGUAGACAGCAUUCUUCUGCCCAUAUGUCAGAAAAGAAAAAAGCUAAAGAAAAGGAAAGGGUGAAGGCUAUGGAAGAGAGGCGUAUAGUGUAUGUGGGUAAAAUUCCAAAUGACUACUCUAAAAGACAAUUGUACCAGAGAUUCCAGUGCUUUGGGGAGAUAAAAGAAGUCAAGCUGAACUUCAGAGAACAUGGUGACAACUAUGGUUUUGUGACAUUUGCUUAUGCCUGUGAUGCUAUUGCAGCUAAAGAAAGGGGUAACAACACCCAAGAUGCUGUCAAGUUUGAUCUCUGCUUUGGAGGAAGGCGGCGCUUUUGUCCAGAUCAGUAUGCUGAUUUAGAUGGCAACCAGGAAAUAGAGGAGGAAUAUGCUCCCAUGCCUAAGAGAACAGAUGAACUAGAUUAUGCUGCUCUACUCAAACAACACAGUAGUCAGCAGAGGAAAAAAUGAUAGCCAGCUGAAUAAGUUUUUCAUGAAUGGAUGAAGCUUGUUUCAUGGUAGACAGACAGCUAGGGAGAAAAUGGUGGCCAGCUUAAUUAAAGGUUUUACUAAUCAAUUGGUUAGUUAAGGUUAUUUUAUCCUAGCCAGUUUAGGAUAUAAUGGUAACUAACAGGGAUGGAAGUAUUUAAUUAACAAGUUGGUUUAGAUUAUUUGUUCGCAAUUGGCAGAGAAAAGAAAAUGGAAGCUAAGUGAGAAGUAUAUUAUAAGCAAGUUGCUGAAGCUUUUUCCAUUGUUGCCAUCAAAGGAGAACAUGGCAGCUAAAGUUUUUAACUAAUAAAAUUAGCAAACAUGGUUAUGCACAGCAUUAUGGACAAAAAUUCCAUUAUAUCUUGUUAAAUAGAAAUGAAUCAAGUGUUUUAAAGUUUGUAUUUCUACGAUGGUUACCUUUUAAACAUCUUUUACAAGCUUUUCUAUUUUUUGUAAUUGGCAAGUAAUGAGAGAAAUGUUUUCUUUGUUGAUGUUAUCUUUAUCUGGAGCUGUACUACGUUAAAGAUUCUUGUCCAGUCUGGCAUUAGCUUUUUAUUCUCAUGCUGUUUUAUCUACUAAAGCUAAACAUUUGUUACUACUGAGCAUUUCAAAAUAUGCACAACAUUAGCUUCAUCUAAUGCCUUUAAAAUAUCCUUGGUACCUCUUAAACAAGCAGUUUUUAACUUUUUUUAAUUUUAAUAUUGUCAUUUUUAUCUCGCUGCAACUAGAUCAAUGUAUCUCAGGGUUUUAAGAGUUAACCAAGAUUCUUUUUUUACUAUCUUGGGAAAAAAAUUUAAAUGCUGAGAUCUAACUUUUACCAUAUUUUUUUCGCUUUGAGAUCCCAUUUUUUUCUCCUUUGAUAACAAUUUUCUCCCAUACAUUUUGAUUUUAGAGAACAUUUUUAUAAAUAUCUAAUAUUUCCUUAAAUUUUUAAUUUGCACCUGGGAAAGGUGUCCACGCAGCUUGUUUUGGGGGUUGUUUUAGGUGUUGAGUUAGAUGUGAACAAUUGGAAUAUCACAAAAUCAUAAGGUGCUUCCCUGGGUAUUUUUAACACUGAAUUUUUAUUGUGCGUAACUUAGGUCAACUGUUGGGAUAUUUAACCAGCUGACUAUUAACAUGGUACAGUGCGGGGUAGCCUUCUACCUCAGUUGGUCUAGUUGCAUUUCUCGUUUCCCACCUGUGCAGUAUUUUACUACUUUGAUACUAAGAUUUUCUUUCAACUGUUUUUAUAAUAACCAGUUGCUUCAGUCACCUGACUGGCAAUCCGCACAUUUUUCAUCCAGCCUUGGAAGUGUUCUAAGGACUUUUAAAAACUUUCUUGGGAUUAUAAUGUUGGUUGUGCUGUGGAGUUACUGAUAUGUGAAGCUUUCACCUUCCUUUAUAAUUAAUUCUGUAUGAGUGUGUGUUACAGUUCAAACCAACCAGACAUAUCUAAGUAGAUUUUUUUCAUAUUCCUGGUUGAUGGAUAAAAACUGUACUUUUUGGCCGUGUUAGUCUAGUCACUAGUUGACCCAUGCUUUGGUCUGUCACUUUGUCAACAAAUUUUGUUGGUGGGUCAGUACAGAGGUCAACAAAUUUUGUUGGUGGGUCAGUACAGAGGUCAACAAAUUUUGUUGGUGGGUCAGUACAGAGGUCAACAAAUUUUGUUGGUGGGUCAGUACAGAGGUCAACAAAUUUUGUUGGUGGGUCAGUACAGAGGUCAACAAAUUUUGUUGGUGGGUCAGUACAGAGGUCAACAAAUUUUGUUGGUGGGUCAGUACAGAGGUCAACAAAUUUUUUGUAAUGUGGGAUUUUCUGUAAUAUUUUUUAAUGUAGAGUUGUAAAGAAAUGUAAAGGAAAAGAAAUUCUAGAGUUAAUUUUUUAGUGUCCAGGAUUUAAUGGUUUGGGUUCGUGUUUGGUAUGAAUAGUUUUUUUCACAUUAGCACCCAACAUUAAUCUAUGAAUGCAUAAUUUUGUGUUAACAGAUUGGUGCUUUUCACUUGUUUAGUUCAAUAGCUAAGUUGGAAGCAUUAAUAAAAUUUAUUUUCAUAA